GGGGCAUGCCGACGGAGCUGCCGCGACGAAACGCACGAAGAAACCGUACCGUUGUCACUUGUCAGGUUCGCAGCUUGUCAACCGGCCCGCCGCAACUCGAGUACUCGCCACGCGCGCCACGCCGCGCGCCGCCGCUCCCUUCCCGAGCCCCGACUCCGUCCGGAGUGCUGCAACCUGCGCCGCUGCCCACCGGACUCCUCUUCCCCUUCCGCCUCGGCUUCCCGAUCCCCUUCCCGUCCCGAGCCCUGCCGAAAUUCGAAUCGCCCGCCUCCCGAGCCCUCGCCCCCCCGCGCCGCCGAUGCCCUCCAAGCGGCCGUCCCCGCACGCCAUGGACGAAGCCGCCUCCGCCACCGCCGCCGCCGCCGCCGCCACCGCGCGCCUCCGUCCCUCCACCCCGCGCUCCAAGAAGCGCACCUCCCGCUCCAAGUCCCGCGGCCGCCGCCGCUCCCCGAACCCUAACCCUAGCUCCCGCCGCGAGGGCUCCGCGGACCACGCCUCCGCCGCGCCCUCCCGCAAGAGCGACCGCAAGCCCAAGCCGCGCUCCUUCCCGGACUCCGCCACGCUCGCCACGGCCAUGGCCUCGGUCUCCGCCGCCGCCGCCGCGGCCCCGUCGUCCGGCGCGGGGCGUGGCAGCGCGGGCGCCGUCCAGAAGCUCUGGAGCGAGGCCGACGAGAUCGCGCUGCUCACGGGCGCUGCCGCCUUCAAGGACCGCACCGGCAUUGCGCCGCGCCUCCCGGACAUGGGCGAGCUGUUCGACUCCAUCAGGGACUCCCUCGCACCGCAUCUCGACCAGGCCAAGGUGUACUACAAGCUCAAGCGCCUCAAGAGCAAGUUCCAGCACUCCGUGCCGGGUGACUCCAGCACCGCGCACGAGCACCGGCUGCGCGACCUGGGCGCAGCCCUCUGGGGCGCCGAGCUCACGCGCCCUGAAGAGAACGCUGCCGAGGAGGCCGCCGAUGCAGACGACAUUGACGGGAAUAGGGAGGGGGCCGUGAAGCUUCCUAUGGUUAAGGAGGUGCUUGGAGAGUACUGGAGGCUGAACGGGCAGACCAUGUCAGGUGUGUCACUGGAGAAGGGGUUGGCGCUGCUUGGGUCGCAGGAGGCUAGUGACACCGAGGUCAAAUGGAGGCGACAGCUUGAGGCAGAUAUGCGCAUGCAGAUGCGCCGCCAUGAUCUGGAAAAGGAGGUCUAUGGCCUGCUCAUCGAUGCCAUCAAAGGCCUAGGGCCUUAACUUGGAUGCAGUUGAUGGAGUACAUAGCUGGAUACAUAGGUGGGAUGUUAUUUUGUAGGCUGAUCAACGCGACCUCUUGGUUGCUGACUGACAAACCUAACACGGUGUGAGGUGAUGUAGGGGGGUUUGCACGAAUCAGUGGUCUCAAUUUAUGUCUAGUUCUUGAACUAUUCAAUGAUUGUCUAAGUCGCUUAGGUCUGGAGAUGUUCAUUUCACUAAUGUAUCAGCUUGGUCUGUGAUCAGACAGCCUUCAUACUAACGCUACAUUUUCUGUAAAUCAUUCGCCAAGUAUUAUUGCGAUGAUGAUGAUGCUGUGUUUCAGAAUGGUCAA